AAAUGAAUUAGUCACUUUGCAAACUUCCCUUUUAAGAGUCAGCAUUCAGGACCGCACAUAUCUCAAAACAGAGCAACGCAUCAACCUUAAUCUCUGUCCAGGCUCAAUGGCAAAAUAAUCUUACAUGGAAGCCAUGUACUUCAUAUUGGAAGUACUGAACCAUGAAGAAAUUUCUUGACUUCUGGAAGGUCAUGUUUGUUAGCUUGCUUUACUGCAGCACUAAUCGUUCAGUCAUAAAAUCAACAGAAACAGACUUCUCAGGGUUUAAAGACAUGAGGCCUCUCCAAUGACUACGCUCCCUGCAUCAUCUUGCUGCAAUAACGCGUACAUAUUUCGAAACAGUUAGGAGUUCCAACCGAUUUCCAAUAGAAACUACAUCACAAAAAAGUACCACAUGCACGGUUUUGAAAACAUUACUCAUAAUCAGGUAAUUUUCUCACCCACAACUGGGUAAGGAAAAAUGCAAAUAAUUUAAAACAAAAGAUCAUUUUAGUGCAAAACUCUCUAAAUGCUUCCAGGAUUGCAGUCAGCAGCAUGAAGACAUGCCUUAAAUGAAUAGCAGGAAGCCAGGCAGGAGAAAUAUCUAGGCAGGAGCUCUACAGAGCAGCAUGGAAGCAGAGUAGGGGCUAAGACAAAUAUUAUUUUCCAUGUUUUCCCAGCAAUUACGCUCCUCAUUCAGAACCACUUAGGAGGUGGCUGGGUUUUGUGUUGCUCUUCUACCUCUGGUAUGCAAGACCUUUGACUCCCCUGACCUCUGAGGCCAGAGUUGUGCAAUGAGGUGUCUGCCAAGUGAUCUGGGGCUCUGGAUCCCUCCAGGAUCUCCCGCAGCAGCACUCGAGUGAGGCGGGCAACUUUCCUUCCUGACAGAGACACGCAGAAUGUUUUUCAGGGAACUUUUUAUAAAUCUUAAGAAUGAGAAACAGAGAAGAGAAAAGGAAUGAAGAGAAAAGGUGAAUAGAAAGCCAUCAGCUCUCAGCUGAGAUUUGACCUCAGAAGGAGAAUCCCGGAGGUGAAUAGGAAGCUAUUUCGGAGAAGAGGAAGUGAAAGAAGAGAUGCGAGAAGAUGGGAGGUAGCAUCCUGUGGACGCCUGUUUUGAUAGGGCUCAUGGAGCAGCUGAGCAGCCACAAAGUCACGAGCACAGCUGCAGUUUGCAGCAGGCAGCUUGGAAGAAACCUUUCAUAUGAGCAGCACUGAGGGAGGAAGCAGCGAUACGUGCUUGGGCAGCAGAGGCUCCACAAAGAGGUUGUGUCUGUGUGACAAGAAAACCAUUUAACAAUGAAAAAAUUCACACUGUUUGAUUUUGUAAAUGACAACUCGCUCCAAAUUGGAGAGACUUCGUGGAUUCAGGAUCUUCCCAGUGAUGACAGUGAACUGGAAAGACUUCUGAAACGAAAUGAGCACGUGCUAGUAAACUGGCCUGUGGGAGAAAGAAAGACAGAAAAGCACCUAGUAAAAGUUGUGUACAUGAGUGAUGACCCCCAAGAGUUGGUGGAAAUGAUGCAAAAGAUAUUACAAGCAGAUGAAAUUACAAAAAUACAAGUCGUUGGAAAAGGCAAGAGGAAGAGAAUAGAAAUGAUAUUCUCAGAAAGUGAAGAUAGUGACCUGGAUAAAGAACAGGAGAAGAUGAUGAAGCAUAUAAAAAGAAAGAAAUCAUUUCAGGCAUCUGCCCCUGCCAACAUCCUCAGUCAACUUGAAACAUCUUUAAUUAACAAACAGAGAGAACCAUAUUCAGGAAGCAACUUUCUGUACAGUGAAAGUAGCAGUGAUGAUGAAGAGCCUUUAUUUCAACUAUCCAAGGUAGAACUGUGUGCCAAAAUAAAAAGUCUCAAGAGGAAGCUGACAGACACCAUGAGAGAAAACUGCCGCCUGAGGCAGUCCCUGGUAAUGCUUCAAGUGUUGCCACAGGCAGUCACCCAUUUUGAGGAACUGGUAGGAAUGGCUGAAGCACUGCUCAAAGGGGGAGUGACAACAUCUACAUCUAGUCUUCAUUCACAUGCUGUUUGGAAAGCGUCUAACAGCUCUCUAGCAGAUACAUAUGCAGCUAUGCAUAGUAACUCCAGCUCACCAAUAACUUUGAAUGGAGAAGAUGAGGAACAACAGACUGAAAAACAGUUCAAGAUCGAAAAGUGGCAGAUUGCACUUUGUAACAAGAGCAAACCUCAAAAGUUUAUAAAUGACUUGAUGCAAGCACUUUACACACAUGAGUACAUGGCUACGCACAGCCUGACAGGUGCAAAAUCCUCCUCUUCAAAGGAUAAAGCAGCGAAACCAGCUAUGAAUCAGAAUGAAGUUCAGGAAAUCAUAGGCAUCACAAAACAGUUGUUUCCAAACACAGAUGAUGCUUUAAUUAGGCGAAUGAUGGGACAAAAACUGAACAAUUGCACCAAGAAGCCAAUUUUAGGCAAAGAUCUUAACUCAGGUGCUUUUCAGAAGCAUGGCUUUUGUGGUUCAACAGCUGCUCCUCAGGGCAUCAUCCCUUCAGCUGUUCCUCCCCGCACCCAAGACCAGCAGGAUGAUGAUUCACCAGCUGCUACUGCACAAAUUCAGCAAAGCCACAGCCGUCUGACUCCACCACCUCCCAGCACACAAGGUCAGCAGGAGUGUUCCAAAUCCUCUUCUUCUAAGGUGGAGUCUCAUCUCUCCAGCAGCUCACCAGCGCCCUCUGCCAACCAGGGUUGCAGACAGGACCUCAGGAAUUCAGAUAAGGAGUAACAGGAUGUGCUUCGUACCAGUUCUUCGAUGGAGACGAAGGAGUAGUACAAAAUUAAAAUGAAAUAAUAUUUAUGGGGCCUAGCAACAGUGAACAGAGGUACUGCAAGAAGAAUAGAAGCCUGGGAACCUUUUUCUCAAAUGAGUGAAAAUCCCACAGCAUAGAAAAAAAUGAAGGCAUAUUAAUAUCUUUGUCUUUAAGAUAUUACUAAAUAUAUGCAUGUUAUACUGUAUGUCAGAAAAUAUAAACUUGAUCCAAAGAAUACAAGAAGAGUUCCCCUUAGUUAGAAAAACACUAUAUUAUUUAAAGUAACACCAAAAGAAUUUAUAAGAGGAACCUUAAUUCCCUUGCUUUCACCUUGACAGCUGAUGGCAAACUGCUUUACCCGUUAGAGAAAGCUAUUGCAUACUAAUACAAAAGAGCUACAGAGAUAUAAAAACAGCAGAAAAAAAAACCUAAUGAAUGAAAACUACGACCAGCACAGGGUUGGAAAACACAGGGCCACGUGAACAGAGAAGUAGUAGUACAAUAGGUAUUUAAGGAUGCUGUUAACUUAAAAAGAAGAAAAUGUUUUCAGGGCAGUGAAACUGUGCCUCCCAAGAUGUCUGCAAGAAAGAAGCAGCUCCUUUUUAACCUCCGGAAGGUGGAAAGACGAUGAAAAAAGGCACGUUCCUUCUUAGCUCAGGGAAGAGUCCUCCAGGAUAGCCUGUGGAGGCCAUGGCUUCUCUCCCAGACCUUUUGCUGCUACUCUGGUUUGGCAGCUGUCGCUCUCUUCCCUGAACAUCAGGUCCUGAGGUUAAGGGUGACAGAUCCCUCCAGUCAAGGGAUGGAGGAUUAUCUCUUGGAAGCAACUAGUAAGGGACAGAGGUGCCAGCUCCUGCUCCCUCUGUUUAGAUUUUGGUAUGCUGCGGUUUGGUUAGACAGUGGGUGGUUGGGCAGAGCAUUCCUCGUGGGGUUGGUACCAGAAAUCCCCCAGCAGCUGGGCAAUUUCUCUUGAGCUCUCUGACACCACUUGUUCCAGGGGCACAACUGGAAGUCAUGCACCCUGUAAUUGCCUGUGGAGGAGGAGUGGUACUUUUUUCCUCCUUGUUGACUGAUUCCAGUUUUACAGUGUCCUGUUAGCAUGGGAAGGAGAGAACAUUCGGAUUAUAGCUUUCACGCUUGAGGAUAUUUCUCCCAGAACAGAGAGUACUAACAGUUAAAUCUAUUUCGUACUUGGCAAACAAGCAACUAAUGAAUCAAGAUGGAGGGAAAAAAAAAACAACUUGAUUUGAGGAGGAUUUCUAGAAUUAGAAAUAGGGUAAAUGCCAGUAAAAAAAAAUCUGAAGACAAGUUUUGCAGCUGAAUACUUCUGAAGGGAAGUGCUGCAAACUACCUUUAUUAGAAUAAUGCACUAAUCAAAUGCACUGUAGAGAAGACUUCUGGAUGGGAUGGGGUAUGACUGAAGAGAUCUGCUAGCCUUUUUCAUCUCUCAUGUCCAUCAGUUCCUUGUAGAUAGGAUUAAGAUGAAAGCAGGUAUGACAAUAUGAUGUAAGUUCUAUCUCACGUUAUUAACUAUCAUCCAUAAAAUGUAACAGGAGGAUGUUUGCUAUUAUGUAUAUUUUGUAUAUGUACCUGUAUGUACAGCAUAUAAGGAUGUAUAUAGUUAAUCAUAUUUUUGAAGCAACUUUCUAUCAAAUAAAAUGAAAUAUUACUAUCUCUUAGUUUGUUUUGUUUUUAACCAAAGGGUAAAGAGGGAGCAAGCUGCUAAGAGUCGGUUCCUAUCUCUCCUUCAAAGUAUGUGACUGAUGCCCCACCACACACAACAAGAUAAAUACCUUUUUACAAGUACAUGGGUAACAGAAAUGCUAUAGCUAGUGCAGUGUGACUGAAAAGGAAGUAUGAAUGUUCUUCCAAAAUGAUGCAGACAAACUUGGAGAAGACAAAAUUGAACACCUAAUAAUUACAGAUUAGAAACUACAGAAGUAAGAGAAUGGGAGAGAGAGCAGAACGGUCUAAUGCUGCUUCUCCCAAAUUUUGCAGUAAAAUCAAAAUUGGUGAUGUGUCAUAGUGUAAAAUUUUUCUGAUAUGUGUGAUAGAGGACGCAUCUGCAUCAGAGAAGGCUGACAGCUAGUGCAGAAAAGCGUAAUAGCUAUAUAACUGCACAGCAUAUAGAGACUACGGGAGAUUCAGUACUGAAAACAAAGCAAUACUAAAGCCAAUCAUUUGAACAAUUUGCUUUUAUUGCUGCAUUUUAGAUUGAAUUUGAAGAUUACAACAGCAAAGAAUUUGGAUAUUGUUAUGAACUGCUCAUUAAAAACACCUGCUGUCUAAGGAGGGAAGAUACUAAGAUAUAUGA